GUCAUUGUGUCAACGCAGGCAACCGAUGCGGACGCCACAUGCGGCACAUUUCGCUCCGUCGUGGAGUAGCUGCGAGCACAGCCACAGUCAGCGUCGAGUUCGCCACGUGCACGGACAUGUUGAAGCGCCCAUAGCGCAGCGUGUCGGAUAUUUGUGUGUGUUUCCUUUCGAGAAUAUCGCGAGUGCAGUACGAAAACAAAAGUGCGGCAAUUGAAUGCAAAUAAAUACACAAAUACCAACAAAUAAAUACAGCCAAGCAACUAAAUAUUAUUAAUUACAAAUACAUGUAUUAUUUUAUUUUUUUAAAUAUAUUUUUUUUCGUUUGUGCGCGUUUGUGUGAGCGAAAUACGCAAUUGUGGGUCAUUGUCGGCGGCCCAAUGCCGUUAGCCGGCAACUGAAUGCAACGGUAUUGCGCGCCAAAAAAGAAAAGAAAAAAGUGCAAAUCGCAUUUCGAUAAGAAAGAGAAAAACAAAACGAAGAGAAACAACAACAGCAACGGCUAAUUACAGCAACAACACAAGCAGCAGCAGCAGGGCAAUUGCAAUUACAGUUAGAAAUCGGCCAAAGAGGACAAACAGCAGAGACAACAGCGAUUUGACAACAGUGAAACGUCGCUAAGUAGUGCAAGUGCAUGCGUGCAUAUAUUCAAGUAAAUAUAAAUGAAUACAGAGAUCAACAAUUGAUUGAAAGUGAGUUGAAGUAAUCACAAACAGCUGCAGAAAUUAAAUUAAAUGCAAAUAUAAUAAAUAAAUUUUAAAAAAAUAAUAAUAAUAUAUUUAUAUGUGUGUGUGUAUAUAUAAUUGAUACAAAAGACACAACUGAAAAAGCGAGCCAAAUACAGGCGACAGCCUUCGGGGCAACAUGGCGUAUGAUUAACGCCACUUGUUAAGUGCACUGAUUAAAGUUACGGCUGGAAGUGCAGGUGUGGACCUCUGGACCACCGGAGCCAGCAGCGGGUGCUGAUAGCACACAGAGACAACGGGGACUGUCGCUCGGAGCCGCAACACAAAAUGAGGAGUCAUAGCAGAUGGUUAUGUGGAAUUGUGCGCCAGCUUAGCUGCUGGCUGCUAAUGCUGCUAAUUGCUGGCCAGACUGUUUAUGCCAACACAGAAGCGCCAACGAAAUCGCUGACAAUAAAAUCCAGCAACACCACCACCGCCAUCAGCAACAGCAGCACCACCACACUUGCCACGCCCACAAGCCCCUACAUCGAAGAGGAGCACGCGCUGACCAUCUCAACAGCAACCACAACCACAAGAGCGGAUCGCUACCGGCGACAGGCGGAGGAGGAUCAAGUGGAUCGCUGCCGGCUCUUCGUUGAGGGCGAUCCCACCAAGAACGAGCUCUACAGCCCCGAAUAUCCCAAUCUAUAUCCAAAGAACAUUAACUGCACCCGCGUGAUAACAGCGCCGAAGGGACAAAUUAUAAGGCUGGAUUUUCGCAACUCGUUCAAUAUUGAGGCCAAGGAGGAGUGCAAAUUUGAUUUUCUCGAGAUACGCGAUGGGCAGUAUGGCUUCUCGACGCUAAUUGGAAAAUACUGCGGCACCGACUUUCCGCCGGAGAUAACGUCGAAGGAGCGGUAUCUGUGGCUGCACUUCCACUCGGACGACACCAUCGAGUAUACGGGCUUCAGUGCGGUCUUUGAGUUUUUGGAUAGGAAUCGUGAGGCGCCCAGCACGGAUCUCAAUUGUACCAUCGAGAAGGAUGGCUACGAGGGCUUCAUUAACUCAACAGAUGUCCCAGCUGAAAUAAGGGAGCAGGUGAUACGCGACAAGAUUGCUCUCGACUGCAUUUGGCGUAUCCAGGUGAAGGACAACUGGAAGAUAUUUUUGAAAUUUCUGGACUUUCAUCUAAGCAAGCCGAACGACUGCGAAACAAACUUCUUGGAUAUAUUCCCCGAGCAAACAGUGAUGCCAUUAAGAGUGAAGAACUUUUGCGGAUCGGCGGGCGAGAGCAUUACGGCGGAGUCAAACAUUCUGCACAUGCGAUUUUACGCAGAGCAAAGUGCGAUUAACUCAACAUUCGCCAUUCUCUAUACAGCAUUCCGGGAUCGUGGAUCGGGCACGUGCACCGAGGACGAGUACGAUUGCGAGGACGCGACAUGCAUAUCAAGCGACUUGAAGUGUAAUGAUCGAGACAAUUGCAAGUUUCGCUUCGACGAGGAGAAGUGCAGUAAUGAAACGCCCGGCCAAUCGGAGCAUGUGGUCAUCAUAAUAAUUGUGUUUGGCCUGAUACUGGGCGGCAUGUUCAUCACGUUCAUUGUCAACUGUGUGCGAAAGAUUAUACGAGACCAGAAGAUAAUACGCGAACACAUACGCGAGUCCAAGGAGAGCAAGCUGGACGAGAUGGGCCGCAAUUCCAAGGCGCGUUCACGCGAGAACAUAUCAAGACAGAAGCAUUCGCAGACGUCACUGCAAAUACUCGAUGACGUCUCGAAUCGUUACUAUCGCGAGGCUGUGCCCAUGUCGACGCAGCCGAGCAAGGCCGACUUUAAAGAGAAGGAGCACAGCAUAUUGCGCCGGAAUCCGGACAUGACCCAAACGAGCCUCUGCGGCGGCAUCGAUGGCGACGACGCCGAAUCGUCCUCAACAACGACGGCAACGCAUGAGAUGAUGACAAAGGCGGCGAUAGCGACCGCACCGGUUAAUGCCUGUGAUAUGGGCUGUCAAACGAGGGAGUCGCUGUUCGCGAACAGCCCCAGCGCCGUUGCCACUCUAAUGAGACAGAAGUCCGGCUCGUCAUCGCUGGGCGGAGGGAGCGUGGCUGGCGCUGUGAUGCCGCCGCCACCGCCGCGCUUCUUUUCCACAUUCGGAUACGAGCAGGCUGCGGCGCCGGGCCUGAUGGCCGUGUCGCCGUCGCUACCGGUGGCCACGCCUCCGCCGCCGUCAGUAGCAGCAGCGGCGGCAGCGCAUCUGGGCACACUGACGCGUCGCAGUCAGAUGCACCUGCCACGUGCGCCGUCACAACACGAGUCCAUCGAGCUGGAGGAGCGGCACAGCGGCGUCGGCGUCGGCGUCGGCAGCGGCAGCGGGCAGCGGUCGCAUUAUGGCGUAAUAGUGGCCUCCGCCGUGAAGCCGCAAGAGAUCUGCCAUCAUCAUCAUCAGCACCAGCAGCAGCAGCAGCAGCAGCAGCAGUUGCCGCAGCGCACGCAUCAUUCGCAUCCUGCGCACCAGCAUCAGCAGCAGCAGCUGCAGCACCAGAUGCAGAUGCAGCUGCAGCAGCAGCAGCAGCAACAGCAGCAAGCUCCCAGCGUUGCUACGCGACUGCCGAAGGGCCACGCCCAGCUGCAGGGCCAAACGACGGUGCUGCCCAGCAAGGGCAGUGGCGGCAGCGGCGUCGGCGUCGGCGGCGGCGUCGGCAAGCAGCAGAAGAAUGAGGAGUCGAAAGUGUUCAUUGACAUACGGAAUUCAGCGCCAGACGUGAUUAUCAUGACGUCCCAUUGACAUUUAAGGAUUGCACGCCAAUCAGCAACAACAGCAACAGCAACAGCAACUGCAACUGCAACAGCCAUGAGCAUCAGCAACAGCAACAACAACAACAACAACAACAAGGAACAGAAGCAUGGCACAAUGGCUGGCAUAUUAACCACAGCAACAGCGACGCCGUUGACACGACACGGACAUGCACACGGACGCAGACACAGACACAGACACGGAUGCGGACUCGGACUCGGACUCGGACUAGGACACGGACACGGAGGCGAACAUGAACGCGGACAUGGAGACGGCGUGGCGCAAUCAGGCAAACGAAUAGCAAACGCAAACGCAAAAGCAAACGCCACUUUUCCGGCCGGAACACAAUGUCGCAUUCAAUUGUAUUUUUGGCUUUAAAGCCAGGUAAUGUUAAUUUGCCUAGCCUGGCUUUUUCCAAUGGGCGCUGGGUUGGUGGUUGGGAAAUUUCACCCGCUCCCUUUUCUUUAAUUUAUCCCUAUUUAAGCGCAGCCUCUUUGCUGUCGAGCGUAGGAACAGGCACUGAAUGCACUUGAAUGCAGAGCCGUGUACAUGUCCACACUCACAUAUAUAUACAUAUAUAUAUAUAUAUACAUAUAUAGCCAAAUAGGCGCUGCUGUUCCGACCAAUGUUCAACUAAACGUGCAGACACUAAGCAGACGCUCGACAACAACAUUUGCCAAAGUACAACGACAGCAGGAGCAGCAGCAGGAGCAGCAGCAGCAGGAGUAGCAGGAGCCGGAGCAGCAGAAGAGACAGCGACAACUGCGAGCGCUGACCACCAUUUGGACAUUUUGAGCGUCGCUCUCUUUGGCUCUCGGCGCUGCCUCCGCCCUGCCCUCCUCGUGCCAUCUGCGUGGCCACAGAGCAGUCCGAAUCCUGUUGCUUGACUUGCGGCCAGCAUGCCCGAUCCGGGAACUUCUUCAUUUACAUGCAUGACGAACGUGACAGGGAGACGAAUGGCGAAUGUUGCCAGCGAAUGGGUCAGACGCAGUCCAUCCAUCACGUGCACGUGCAAGCAGCAGCAGCAGCAGCAGCAGCACGUUACCCCCAGCCCCACUCCUGCUCACGCCCUUUCUCCCCCUGCUUCCUCUCUUGUCUAGCUGCCUCGGUUACCUAUCAAAUGGCACUGAAGCAAUUUGCGUGAAAAUAGUUUUUAAGUGAUUUUCAGCACAUUCGUCGCACGUUCGCUUGGGCCCCUCGCUUUCCCAGCUGCUUUAAUGAUUUUAUUAAAUUGUUUUUCCCACCCACCUGCCGCCCUCGCUCUCGCAACCACUGUGUCUGUCACGCACCCCCCCGGAACAGAACGAGUGCCCUGUGUGUAAAUGGACAUACUCAAAUAUCUCAACGUCAAUUUGAUUAUCUGACUGCGUUCAGAAUUCAUUUUUUGACGCACAAUCAUCUUUGACACAGCUCCAACUGCUCGGCCGGCGUUCAAGUGGAGUUGUCACCACCCCCCCCUCUUCCUUCCCUCUCCCUGUCCUUUUUUUGCCCACUCGGUGUCUGUUUGCACGUUUUUCCGUUUUUCACUCCCAUCUGGCGCGGAAAACUGUCAACUCACAAUUAGCACGGUCACCAUAUUGCGUUGGCGUUCAAUGGCUUUUUCUUCCUCUUACCCUCUGCCCCGAUUGUGAACCCGAAAAAUACACAUAAAAAAAGAACUACCAGUUGAACGUGUUCCGAAAUUCAAUUUCGUUAAACAAGUUUCGUUUUCACCAAUCUCAAAAAAAAAAAAAAAAAAAAAAAACAUUUUCGCAAUUUCGAGUUUCAUUUCCUAUUCGGGUGUUCCAAGAAAUAAAUAGAGUUCUUAAGUAUUUCAUGCAAUAAGUGUAAAUAAAUAUGUUUAUUUUCGAAUUAGAUUUUGCAAUUACAGAUAUAAAAUAUGUAGAUUAUAUCUGCACGAUUUACUAACUUACAGUUCAUGCUAAAAAUAAUCAACUGACAUAAUGAUAUAUUUAAGAACUUUAAAAUUAAGCUAAAAUGUUGGUGUAUAAAAUGAAUGGAGAAUGUAAAAUGUUUUGAAAUUUGUUAAGUUUUCAUAAUCCUUAAGCGUUCUUUGUAUGGCGCAUCCAUGAUUGAUCAAUCAAUGGUUAAUUCCCAUCAAUCAUGAAUGCAUAAUCAAUGAUUGAUUUACAUUUACUUUUCGCUUAUACCGAGUCAAUGAUUGAUGAUUUGAUAAUUUGAUAAUUUUUGUCAAUCAAUGAUAUACCCAAUUUACAACUUUUUUUAUGCACAGAAUCAAUGAUUGAUCAAUCAAUCAAGAGUAUUUUCUUAAUGCUAAAAAUUAAUUAAUUAAUUAAUUAAUUAAAAAUUAUAUCAUGUGGUGAAUCCAUGAUUGCUGUCAUUGUCUACUUUCCUAUGUGCAAAUAUAUGAUUGAUAUCAAUCAAUGAUUAAUAAUGUAUUUACUGUGGGAUUAAUCAAUAUAUUUAUUGAGUUAGCUCAGAACAACUAGAAACAAUGGUUGAUCCGUCAUCAGUGAUUGAUCUAUUUAUCUGUUUUUUCAUAUAGAAUCUACGAUUGAUUAAUGAAUGAUUGAUUCAUUUGAUUACUACCUUCAAAUACAGAAUCAGUGAUUGAUCAAUCAAAGACUGAUUCAUACUUUUCUAAUAUAUAAAAUCAGUAAUAAAUCUACCUAGUUCCGUUCUUUAUGCUUAACAUCGCGGAUUGAUUGAUCGAAAUGUAGAUUGAUUCAGUUGCUUGCUAACAAUUUUUCUCGCAUUUCUAUUCCUUUUCAAUUUAAUUGUAUUUUUUUUAUUUAUUUAUUUAUUUAUUUUUUUUUGUAAAUUUUUUGUUGUAAUUUGGAUAAAAGCGAAAAGUUUAGAAUAUUUGGAAUGGACUGACGCAUGCUGACAGAGACAAGUGUGAGAUGUCUGAGUGAGCGGUGGCGUAAGGGGGCGUGGCUGCGUGGGAAUGGUACUAAGCUAAAAAUGCCAAGCAAUUUGAUUGAUUGAAUUGAACGAGGAGGAACGACACGGGCAAUGAUGAUGAUGAGCUGAAGAAGAGUAAAAUAGAAGGCAACGGGCAGCCGAUUGGCAAGCGGUCAAAGUGUGAGGCAGGUGGGGCAAGUGGCACAAAUGGGGCGUGGCCGAUGUCAAUUGCGAUGGCAAUGGCAAUGGCAAUGGCAAAAACCGCUCAUUACUCUCCACAUGAUGCGCUUGUCAUGCAGCCUUGCAAUUUGAAGCAGGAGUCAUUAGCAGGAUUAAAGGCUGAUUACAAACGGUUAGACGUUAGCUGGCCACAGUCAAUGCCGCCACUGAGAGCAGAGGCUAAAGCAGCAGCAGCAGCAGCAGCAGCGGCAGCAGCAGCAGGCGACAACUUGUAGAUGCACAUAAAAGAUGACCCAGCUCAAAGCCAGAGACAGUUGGACACAUUACAAGAGCCCGGCGUCAAAUUAAAUUUUGUAUUCUCCGACAACCGCAAAAGUCAUUAAAAAUAUGAGAAUUCUGCUCAAAGUUGGUGGCGAAAAAAGCACGCAGCCCGUUGGCCGUGCAAUGAAAAAUACAAUUCAACCAAAAACAUGCCGGUUCAUUAUAUUGAAUUGUUAACUUUUUUCGCUUUCAGUUGAAUGCGCAGCGACCAGAGGCCCAGAAGCGAGCGAUAAGAGAUUCAAAUCGAUGACGCUCAUCACCUAACUUGAACAUGGUCUGACUUUAGUCGACUUUUAUAUGAUAUACAUAUAUAAUAUAUAUAUAUAUAUAUAUAUAUUGAUUUACUACCAACUAAGCUGAGAUUGUAUCUAGUUCUUCGUUGAACUCUGUGAAAAUGAGCUGAAUUUAUGGUUGCAAUACCAGAAAGUACUAUAUAUCUUGUUUGGCUCUACAGCCGAGUCCACUAUGUCUAUUCGUAUGUCUCUGCAGCUAGAGAAUGAAGCUUCAACUGUCCAUGUGGAUAUCAUCCAUACCUCCUUCAAUUUUCAGGAGAUCAACAAAAAUACCUAUAGCAAUACUCUGUUGAAUUCUGCUUCUUUUGAAUAUUCAACAAGUUUUGUAUGUACAAUACAUUGUACAACAAUACAUUGCGCAUAGAGCCUAACUGUAAGAUAUUCACUAUUUUGAAAAUUUCAAUAUUCGCAUUGCAUUAUAUAUUAGUUUCAGCUUUCUGUGUUGAGAAUUUCAUCGUAAUCCGUACAAAAACUCAGAAGUUAUUUAAGAAAAUGUUUAGUCAAUUUAGCGACAGGCAUAUGCUCUUGCUCCAGCCAUGUCAACGCACUCACACGCACACAGACACACACACACACAGCUAUGCAAAUGGUUGAACGCUUUGUGUAAUGUUCUAUGUAUAAAAUGGCAUAGACUAACCCUUUCAAACAUACUUAAGCUGCUGCUUUAGCCUUGGCUUUGCAUUGUUUUCCCGGAAUGACGGUGUGCGUAGAGGCGACGUUUAAAAUGACAGCUGACGUUUGGCCAUAGACGCGUGUUCGAGUCCUCACGGAAAAUUGUAUAUUUAAUAAUUUAUUUGUUAUUUUAUAAUUAAAUUUGAAAAUAAAAUUAAUUACAUCUGCAUUAGUGUGCGUGUGAUUUUGUUUAUGCAUUCGCAGAUGUAAGCUAAAGUACAUAUGUAUUUGGAACAGCAGCUCGGCAUGUGGUGCAGGGUAUCAACUGGUCGGGCACACCCGGCUAGAGCUCUCCUUAACUGUUUUGGUUAACUGUGCCGCAGUCACUCACAAAUUUAUUUGCUUUGAGCUCUGUAUGUGUUUGUUAUUGAAUCUUUAGGCUCGACUACUCAUAGCUAAUGUAAUUUCAAUAAAGUUUAACUUCAGCUGAAAUGGAAGCCUAGCUUUGGCUAUUGAGUUCACACACACACAUACAACACAUAUUAAGAUAUCGAUAUUUUUCUUUUAGCCUAAGCCGAUUGGAUUCUUAGCCAAAUUGUGUAUAUAUAUAAGUCGAAAACGAACUAUAAAUGUCAAGAACAAAAUAAAAAAUAAAAAUAAAAAAAAAGAAGAAAUAU